AUGUCAUUCGCCGCGCCGAUUUCGAGUCAUCCUAAGAAAGCAACCGUCAAAGCCCGAAACAUUUCGAAUGAUCAACCGACAUCGAGUAUCUUUCAAGGACUACAGUGCAUUCUCUGCUUCGGCCGCAGUUUGUUCGCAGAAUGGAUCGUCUACAUCUUGGUCUACCACUCGAUAAGCGCAAUCGUCACGUUCUUUCUGUUCCUACCCCUCGACUUGACUUGUGCAGUCGUUUCUGGAGAUUGGGAUCGCGGCUAUUUCAUCCGCUUGCACAUCUUCCUCUUCGUCUUUCCUACCGGCAACUUCGCAUUGGAAGCAUUCCCACUCGGAACCCGAAUACUCCUUACGGGCUUAUGGAUACUUUCCGUGCGCCCUUCGCUGGCUCUUGCCGGGUGGAUUGUCAACAAGCGUCUUCCGGCCUACACUCUGCCUUCGGAAAAUUACCCCCCGAUUCGGUGGGGCUUUGAAUACAUCUGUUGCGUCGUCAAUCAGCAUCAUCUCUUGGUCCCGGACCUAGAGUUUUAUGCUCGUCAAGCCAUACGUUUCAUCGGCAUACGGGUCUCGUCGGACUCUUAUCAACUGGGCACCAUAUCAGAAGAUGAGCUCGACGAACUUCGAGACUUUUCAAACAUCUUCCACACCGUGAUGGAGCAGUACUCAGCAAAAGGUACCUCCUGCGUCAAGGAGUGGUACGAGAACUACGCGGAUCCAAAUUACGAGGCUCGUCGAUAA